AUGUCCCUCACAUACACGGACAUCCCACUCCAAGUCCAAGGAGUCAACCUCAAUCUCGCCACCAUCCACAACUUGAAGUCCACGCCUCCAAUUCUAUUCCUUCAUGGAUUCGGCUCAUGCAAGGAAGAUCUGGCCGACAUCAUCGUGAAUCCACGCGUCCAACACCAUGGCUUCAUCGCCUUUGACGCCCCAGGCUGCGGACAUUCCACCAGUGACAACCUAUCAGCCACUGAUAUCCCCUUCCUCGUCGCAACCGCGGAAGCCAUCCUGUCGCAUUUCAAAAUCACCCAAUUCCACCUGAUGGGCCACUCCAUGGGUGGUUUGACUGCGCUACUCCUUGCGCACAGCCACCCAGACCAAGUCCUGAGCUUCGUGGACAUCAAAGGCAAUCUUGCGUCCGAGGACUGUUUCCUCAGCCGGCAAAUCUUUAACUUCCCUUCUGAUGACCCGGAGGCUUUCCUUGAUGCUUUCAUCACUCGCACGCGCGAGUCUAAGUCUUUUGGCAAUCCUCUGUAUGCCAGCACUUUGCGCGCGAGGGUUCGUGCUGGGGCGGUGCGUGCGAUCUUCGAGUCUAUGGUGCAGCUAUCGGAUGGUGGAGAGCUUCUGGGGAUGUUCCUGGGAUUGCCCUGUCCUACGAUGUUUAUGUUUGGAGAGGAAAACCGUGGAUUGUCCUAUCUAGGACGCCUGGAACAGGAGGGCGUGGAGUUGGCGCUGAUCCCGGAGAGUGGCCAUUUCCCCAUGUAUUCGAACCCGGUCGAGAUGUGGCGCCGGAUUGGGGAUUUCCUCGGAAGACUUGAUUAA